UACUAACUGAGUUUAAAAUGUUUCUUACACACACCCAACGGUUUUUUGUCUUUUUAAGUAGCGGUUUAGGAACUUUACAAGGUGUUACUUGGGCAGGUCUUUCUUUGUCGAGUAUAAUUCUUCAUAAGACAUAUAAAACGGAGGUUAUACCAAGUAAUCCGAAGUUUAUUGACGUACUUAAUAGUAUUUUGUAUAGAUAUUAUAUAUGGGACUCUGAGAUUCCACAAUAUAAAUACGCAUCGAUAAAACCACACGAUUUUUACAUUUUGAUGUUUUUCCAUUUUAUUUUUAAUACAGUAUGGAGUGUAGCAUCUUCUCUUCAAUUAUUUGCUGUGUAUCGAAACAAACCCUAUGCAGCAAAAGUAAUCAUAGCAUGGGGUAUUAUAACAGGCAUCGUAUGUCUUUUGGAUCUCGUGACCUCAUGUCUUCUUCUUAAAAAUUACAUGAAGUGUACAGAUUUGGUCUGUCGGACAGCUGCGGGUAUUGUUUUAACCUUGGGCGCCCGCGGAUACACAUUGUUGCCCUUGAAUUGGUCUUUGGUUUACUACCAACUUAAAACUGGAAUACAGUAUACAGUUCGUAAGAAGGCAAACAAUGCAGUUUUGGAUGCGUCAAUCAUUCCAAAGCCAACGUUACUACAUUUAGCAGUCGAGAAUACUUAUUAUUCGCCAAGUCUACAAAGUGAACCUAUUGACCUGCCUGGAAUUAUAAGGGCUGCAUCGAUGAAUUUGGAUCAGAAAUCUACCAAUCAUCUAAAUCCGUACUCUCGUAGUGUCCCUUCUACGUCUACGAGUAUAAAUCCUUAUUCUAGCAGUAUUGUUUCUGACAUAGGCAGAAAUACUGUCGCAAGCGAUUUUUCACCAUUUGUAACAGCAGCACCAACAAGAUUACCGUUUAGAUCAAAUCCAAUGUCUUAA